AUGGCCUCCUCCUCCUCAUACGAAAAAUACGACAUCAGAAAAAGAAACCCAAAUCCAAAAGUGGCAGCUCUUCUAGUCAUCGACAUGCAGAACUACUUCUCCUCCAUCGCCCAGCCCAUCCUCCAAAACCUCCUCACCACCAUCCGCCUCUGCCGACGCGCCUCCAUCCCCGUCAUCUUCACCCGCCACUCUCACAAGUCCCCCUCCGACUACGGCAUGCUCGACGAGUGGUGGCGCGGUGACCUCAUCUUCGACGGCACCCCCGAAUCCCACCUCAUGCCCGAGCUCAACCCCGACGCCCAGGACCACGUCGUCCACAAGAACACGUACAGCGCCUUCAGGAACACGCGCCUCCAGGAAUACUUGCAGGAGAGGGGCGUGGAGGAGCUCAUCGUCACCGGCGUCAUGACCAACUUGUGCUGCGAAACGACGGCGCGUGAAGCCUUCGUUAGAGGCUUCCGAGUGUUUUUCUCAACUGACGCGACUGGGACGUCAGAUCCGGAGCUGCACGAGGCCACCUUGAAGAACUUGGCUUACGGGUUUGCCUACUUGGUGGAUUGCAACAGGCUUGAGGGGGGACUUUUUCCCAAUCAACAACUUACUUAA